AUGUUUCUUUCUUUAUUCAAGCUUAGAGCUUAUCAAUAUCUUUGCACAUUUAGAGUUUUUUUUUUUUUUUGCCUGAUGCGAUCGAUCAAGCUCUCAUCAAGACAGUCGUCAAUCAAAACCGUGCCCUCUAGCCUCUACUGCCCCUUGUCACAUCCAUCAGUACUCGUCCUGUCCGGUGCUCUCAUUGCAAAUGCUCUCGGCUCAUUCAUCAAAUACGCAAGGUCGAAUUUCUAUCUAUCUAUCUAUCUAUCUAUCUCAUUUGCUGAUAUCUAUCUAUCUAUCUCAUUUGCUGAUAUCUAUCUAUCUAUCUAUCUAUCUAUCUAUCUAUCUAUCUAUCUAUCUAUCUAUCUAUCUCAUCUGCUGAUAUCUAUCUAUCUAUCUAUCUAUCUCAAUCUGCUGAUAUCUAUCUAUCUAUCUAUCUAUCUAUCUAUCUAUCUAUCUAUCUAUCUAUCUCAAUCUGAUGAUAUCUAUCUAUCUAUCUAUCUAUCUCAAUCUGAUGAUAUCUAUCUAUCUAUCUACCACGAUCAUGUUAGAUUUGUGUCUAGUUUUGUUAAUAUUGCAAUGUUUAUAUUCGUCAUCUUAAUCGAAUUCUUUCUCUACGCUUUUAUCUAUCUAUCUAUCUAUCUAUCUAUCUAUCUAUCUAUCUAUUUAUCUAUCUAUCUAUCUAUCUAUCUUUGUUUUUUCUUUCUUUCUUUUUUCUUUAUUCUUUCUUUCUUUUUGCCUUUAGAAUAA